AUGUCUACUUCAGUCACCGCCUCCACCUCCUUACCUGACUGCCCUCGCCCCAGUCGCCUGCGCCGCUUCAGUUUACGAACCUACACCCAUAAUCUGACCUCCUCGCCUAGCGGGCAGCGCUCGGCUCGACACAGUUUGAGCAGUCGAAUUCCUUGGCGGUUCUCCAAUCCGGACUCCAUCUCUCCGACAAACUCCACCACAGCUUCCCCAUGCCCUGAAAGUGACCAUCCAGUUCUUUCUCGUUACACCUCUGCGCCCGCGCCGAGUUACGGGUUUGCUAGCGACCUCAAUAGCCAACUAUCAUCCACCGAGUCCGCUAAUUCCACGCCCUCGACCGACCAUACCCAACCCAAUCCUAUGGCACGCUUGAUGAGCGUUUCGGCUGCCCCUCGACCGCCACCUCGCACGUUAGAGACCUCUACAAACAACUCGCAGGAGCCCACCCCGCAGGAGUCCAACCCGCCCCCAGAGCCGGUCGAACCGGCAGAACCCGCCGUUGCUCAAAGCAAUGCGGUCGCACCUACCAGCGCUCCGGCAGAGGAGGAGGUGAUUCCUUCAAAAAUGGAGACCAAAGCGAUCAUUCGGUUCUUCCCCUAUCAAGAUUCCCUCCAGAGCUCGAGACCCUCUUUACCUUUCGUCCCAGUCUCCCGGACCCUACCAUCAGAGAGCUGUGUUAUUCGUGUCGGACGAUACUCGGAGCGUGAUGGUGUACCGUCCUCCAACCCGACCGAGCCUUCAGAUGCUCCCGUGGGGUUCAAGUCGAAGGUCGUUAGCCGGAAACACUGCGAGUUCUUGUAUGUGAAUGGACAGUGGCACAUCAAGGAUGUUGGCAGUUCUUCCGGUACAUUUUUGAACCACAUGCGCUUGAGCCAGCCGAAUAUGGUGUCCCGUCUGUACUCCAUCAAAGAUGGCGAUAUCGUGCAGUUGGGUAUCGACUUCCGAGGAGGAGAAGAAAUGAUUUUCCGAUGCGUUCGCAUUCGGAUUGAAUGUAAUCGAUCGUGGCAGCAGCAGCCCAACGAGUUCAACAAAAACACAGAAAGCCUUAUCAAAAACUUGGGCAAGGGCGAGACUGCUGAUUAUUCGGGAUGUCGUGAAUGCUCGAUUUGCCUUGGCUCUGUCUUGCGGCCCUAUCAGUGUUUGUUCAUGGCAGCCUGCGCGCACGUCUGGCAUUACAAAUGUAUCAGCCGUCUGCUUCACUCCCCCGAUUACCCAAUGUUCCAAUGCCCCAACUGCCGUGCAUUCACCGAUCUCAGCGCCGAGGUCGAUGACUCGAAUGAGUUGGAGGACAGACAAGAGGAGGAACUGGCAGCAUAUAGGGCAGCCAAUGAUUCUGGCGAGCAGCAUGAAACGCAGGCGCAUUCAAGCGCCGAGGCGAAUACGGAAGGACCAUCUGAUCAGCUAGGAGAUCCUGCUGAAGAAAACCUGACCAACGAUGUUGAGAACCUGCAUCUACAGGAUGACCACGAUAGUCGAAGCUCAGUCUCGCCAGGCCCUAACUCCAGCACCGAUGGCGAUGACCUCGCCCGCAGCGCCACUAUCAACAUCCCCGGGUGGCAACCGACUCAACCACUCAGUGUGCCAGCGCGUCGCCAAUCACAAGUCCGAUCCGACACGCCAACAUCUGACGACAACCCGAUGACUCCACGAAAUGACUCGGGGCCUUUGGCCUUUGAUGGCCGAGCUGGAAUGCGUCGCUUCGGGUAG